CCACAAGCUAACACACUCGGGCUCUCUUGCAGGCGCAGGCUGUUCAGCUGAGCAAAGAGAUGACGCUUGCCAGCAACCGGAGCCUGGCGGAGGGGAACCUCCUGUAUCAGCCUCAGCUGGACACCCAGAAGGCGCAUCUGACUCAGAAGUACCAGGAGCUCCAGGUCCUCUUUGAAGCCUACCAGAUAAAGAAGACCAAAUUAGAUAAGCAGUCGAACAGCGCCUCCUUGGAGACCCUCCUGGCGCUUCUUCAGGCAGAAGGGGCCAAGAUCGAGGAGGACACUGAGAACAUGGCCGAGAAGUUCCUGGAUGGCGAGCUCCCCCUGGACGCCUUCAUUGACGUCUACCAGAGCAAGCGGAAGCUGGCCCACAUGCGGCGGGUGAAGGUGGAGAAGCUCCAGGAGAUGGUGUUCAAGGGCCAGAGACUUCCACAGGCCCCAGGCCCGCUGCCACCCAGGGUGCCUGAGCCCGUGCCCGCUGCCUCGCUGCCCUACCCUGCCCUGGAGGCCGGCGGGCCCCCCUCUGUCGUUCCUCGGCGCAUCGCCCCACCGCCGCCCCCAGUGCCUACAGGACGUUUGGCCACCCCCUUCACGGCUGCCAUGGGCUCCGGACAGGCCCUGCCAUACCCCGCGUCGCAGUGCCCGCCCCUGCCGCCCCGCGUGGGCCUGCCCCCUCCUCAGGGAUUCUCAGCGCAGCUGGUGUCUCCUUACCCACCGGCUCUGCCCCAGAGGCCCCCGCCGAGGCUGUCUCCGCACCAGCCGGGCUUCAUCCUGCAGUGAGCACCGGCGCUGUCCUCCUGAGACGCCUCGGCCCGCCACGCCGCUUCUGCAUGUGCAGACUGCCGGUCCGGCCGCGGGCAGGGCCUGGCUCCUGGGCCAGCGUCCAUCUGACUUAGAGCUGUAGGUCCGUGGUAGGUAGAAGUAGAGACCCAGGUUAUCACCCGAGGCCCCAGGGUUGCUGGGCCGCAGCCUGGCCGCCUGUGCGUCACGGAGGUUUGCGAGGCGUGCGUGAUUUCUAAGUAUCUAGGGUUGACGGACUCAUGCAUUUGGGAAGAGAAAACCUCUGCCACUCCCAGCUAGAAUCUUGGUCCUCCCGCUGCAACUUUAUUUAAUAAGCAUGGCUAAUUGUAUCUGUUUUGUUAUUUUCAAGCCAGUGCUGUGUCUCACCCUGGGAGGUGCUCGUGGCCGGGCCACCAUGCCAGCUGCCAGCUGCCCGAGCAUCGGGCCGCGAUUGUGAGUCACGCAGCCCCUCCCCCAACCGGGCUGCUCCUCAUGCCUCAAAGCCAUGGGCGCCACCCACCCCGGGGCCACUGCUGUCCAGAGGCCCUGAGGAGCCAGAGCCGGCUUUCCCAGCCUGGUCCCAGCUCCUCCUGUGAGCCAGUCAGCCCCUGAGGGUUCUGUGAGGAAACACUCCCCCAGUAUUUUUACUACAUGUCCAAUUUUCCUGUUUUAUAUUGGGAAAGAAAACUUUUGACACAAGACCAUUCAGGGAAACUUUUUAAAAAUGCAAAUACUGUUUUGAGCAGUUUGCGAUGCAGAUGAAGCAAAUGCAGUCUCCUUCCGUACGAUGCGGGUGCCCGUGCUGUGCCUUACCUUUACCUGGUGCCAGGGCCGAGGCCUGCAAGGUGCCUGCCGUGGGUGCCGUGUGGCUGCAGGCCGGGCGGGCCCACAGCUGUGACCCCAAAGGCCCUGGCCUAGAAACAGGUGGGGGAGGGGCCGGCUGGGAUGUGCCCCAGGGCGGGUGGAGCUCCUGGUGCGGGCAGGGGCAGGGGGCUGUGAACGCCUUCCUGGGGACGCCACACCCUGCCCUCCCUCACUCCUCGUCCACUUGUGCCACGUGUGCAGACUCCAGGCCCCCCGGGCAGCGUGGCACCUGUUGGCAGAACAGCCCAUGUGCCAUUGGUGGACCUCACCCUGCCCUUGCCCCAUCACCUGUCGGGCAGGGCUGCCUGCCUUUGCCUCCACUCCCUCCGCUCCUUUUCCUGGACUUGAACUCUACUGCACUGUUCAUUGUUUUGUAAAGAAACAAAGCUGCAGGACGAUUCACUGCCUUGCCAGUCAGGUGGGCUUGCCAUGCUCUGUGGCUCUCGAGCGAGUGGUGCCCCUCCCGGAUACCUCUGCUGCCUGCCCGCGGUGUCGGGCGUGUCCAGCCGCACAGCCACAGCCAAAUGCGAGCUUGGUGCGAUGCUGCGAAGGAGCCGCCAGGCUGGCCGCACUUGCCAUCGCCGGCCUCAUCUGGCGCCGUGGCUGUAAGCUGUAGGACCAUUUUUAAUAAACCGAGAACUGUUGA